CGCGCCUGCACCCCCGCUCCCACCGCGCCGCUCGCCUCCCGGAAGUGGGGCUCCGGGGGGGCGUCUCCGACCUUUGCGCUGGGGCGGGCCGGCAGGUUUGGGGGAGGCUGCGUGAGCUGGGAAGCCGAUGCGGGCGAGCGGCGCUGGAGAUGGCUUCGGCUGGAGGCGGCGACUGCGAGGGCGCCGCGCACGAGGCCGACCGUCCUCACCAGCGGCCCUUCUUGAUCGGGGUGAGCGGCGGUACCGCGAGCGGCAAGUCAACUGUGUGCGAGAAGAUCAUGGAGCUGCUGGGACAGAAUGAAGUAGACCACCGGCAGCGGAAGUUGGUCAUCCUGAGUCAAGACAGGUUCUAUAAGGUCCUGACCACGGAACAGAAGGCCAAGGCCUUGAAGGGACAGUACAAUUUCGACCAUCCAGAUGCUUUUGAUAACGAUUUGAUGCACAGAACUCUGAAAAACAUUGUGGAGGGCAAAACAGUCGAGGUCCCAAUCUAUGAUUUUGUGACCCACUCAAGGUUAGCGGAGACCACGGUGGUCUACCCCGCAGACGUGGUCCUGUUCGAGGGCAUCCUGGUUUUCUACAGCCAGGAGAUCCGGGACAUGUUCCACCUGCGACUCUUUGUGGACACUGACCCUGAUGUCAGGCUGUCGCGAAGAGUUCUCCGGGACGUGCACCGUGGCCGGGAGCUGGAGCAGAUCCUGACACAGUACACCACCUUCGUCAAGCCGGCCUUCGAGGAGUUCUGCCUGCCGACGAAGAAGUACGCUGAUGUGAUAAUCCCUCGAGGGGUUGACAAUAUGGUGGCCAUCAACCUUAUCGUGCAGCACAUCCAAGACAUCCUCAAUGGCGACAUCUGCAAGUGGCAUCGCGGAGGGUCCAACGGGCGCAGCUGCAAGAGGACGUUUCCUGAGCCGGGAGACCACCCCGCAGUGCUGACCUCUGGCAAACGGUCGCACCUGGAGUCCAGCAGCAGGCCCCACUGAGGAGUGGGGUGCUCAGCUCCCGCGGGUCCAGAGAUGCCCCCCGGCCCCUAAACACACAACCGUGGCCGGGGUGGUGCUGGAGUCCAGGCGUCCCUCGCUAAUUCAGGAAACCUGGACGAGUUAUUCAGACUGGGUCUGACAGGAUGUCUGCAGGCAGCCCUGACCUUUCCACCCGCUUCCUCACAUCACAGAGGCUUAAAGGUCUCUUUAGUUACUGAGAAACGCCACAGAACGUGUGGUGAGCGAGUCACAUAUUUGGGGAACGUUGAAGAAAUAGCCCGGACGCUGUGAUUUUGACGGUGAACCCACAGCAAGAGAGACUAGUAUGAUCUGGUUCACACACGUGUAACUGAAAAGUGUGAAGAGGUAACUCUCUUCCUUUUUAUGUGUUAUACAACCACAUGUUUUCUGUUGUAGUCCGUCUCCUGACACCAUGCUCGCUGUGACCUAGUAACCCAAGAUCAUGACCCACCAGCAGGGUUGUGCUCCUGGUACACACUGACCUGGUACACCAGGGGCCAUAGACAGGCUUCCUUCCUUCCGGCCUGUGCUCGGAAGGCAGAGCCAGGAGGGAGCCCUGGGGAGCAAGCUUUUCCUUAACCAGCACCAAGCACAGGCGGGGCCCCCGCUUGCCCAGCCCGAGUCCGCCUGCUUGGGGGUCUGCCUUCCGGCGGGCACAGCGUCCUCACGCAGGCCUACUCACGGCCCCUGAGCCCAGGCUGCUGUCUGGACAGGUCUUUCCUGGUGUCGCCCUCGGCCAGGUCAAGGGCACGUCACCUCCAGUCAAGGCGUGUGUGGACCAGAGAGACGUGAGCAGAUGCCGCGGCCCAAAGGUGGCCGGUCUCCUGUGCUCACGCAGCGUCCGCGCCUCACAAUCAGUCAUGGUCUUGUCCUCAUUUGUCCUCCCUCCCACGUGGCUGUUUCUGUAAAAGCCACCAGCUGUCGAGUUCUAACUGUAGUUACACAGAGACAUCAGUUGAGCUCAGCUGAGCACGGUGGCUGGUUUCUGAUGACUGUGAAAGUUUUGUCAAACUUACUGUGCCCUUUCGGAGAGAGAUCCAAUAAAUAAUACCAAA